GGGCGCUGCCGCCAACCUAUUACUUCGGGGUAUUCUGGUCCCCUGUACCAUGGAAUUGCCCCCGUCGGCUCGUAUGGCGGCCAUCACUCAAACUCUCUUUUCCUGUUCUCCUCCUCUUGGUCCCUUUCCCCUCACGCCAACGCCAAUGCCAGCGCCAGCACCAGCACCAGCAUCACCGCCUCAACAACCGACACUCGGAUCGUGUUUUUGACAGCAAUAGCAACUGCAUUGUUUUCUGGAUCCAUUGUCAAUACUCUCGCUCGACUUUGGCUCAUCACAUUCGCUUUAAGAAUCAAUAAAACUUGUCCAUCCGUGCAAGUACCAUAAUAAUCCGUCCUAAUUAAUACCGAGCCAACCACCCACCCACUCUCCACCCCUUUGUAUCUCCGUCAAGUUCAGAUAGCGACUGCGACUGCAAUCUCCCUCAGUCAAUCCCCAUCCAAGUGCGAUACGAUACGAUACGAUACGAUUCCCCAAAUCUUGACAUUGAUACUCGAGAGCAUCGCAUCAAUCGACAGCAGCAUACUGUGCAGCGAAUUCAGUGUCACAGCAUCGAGUCCUGCAUCGCAAAUCCUUCUGUAUCACAGCAGAUACGACACCACACGCACUCGUUCGCAGCCGAGGCUAAAUCACCAUCUUCUCAUUCAACAAGAGCAUCGCGUUCACUCGUUGCACGCUCUUGUUGUUUUUUAAUCUAAUUACAAACUUCCUCAUCGUCAUCUUCUCGCAACAUACAUAAUGAUUCGUUCAUCAGUCAUUGCAGCUUGGGCGGUCUUCGCAACCGCUGCCUUGGCAGACAUCAAAUGCAGUCUCUCGGAACACUGCCCAGAAAGCGCUCCUUGCUGUUCUCGUGAGUAGCUUCACAACCCUUCACAAACUGGCGAAUUUCAUACUGACUUGACAUUCACAGAAUACGGUUCUUGCGGAACGGGAGCGUAUUGCUUGGGAGGAUGUGAUCCACUAUCUUCACACAAGCUCGAGUCCUGUGUCCCAGCUCCUGUCUGCCGAAGCCAAAAUUAUGAUUUCAAGAGCCUGGACCGAAUCAUCCCCAAUACCAAAUAUCUCGGAGAUGCAUCAAAGGCCGAUUGGGUCAGCUCUGGAGAUCCUGUGAUUUUCAAAGAUAAUGUUUUAUUGACCAUGGCGCCCGAAACCGUUGGCACCUUGCUCGCUUCUUCGACGUAUAUGUGGUAUGGAAAUGUCAAGGCUACUUUCAAGACUAGCAGAGGUGCUGGUGUUGUGACUGCUUUCAUCUUGCUUUCGGAUGUUAAGGAUGAAAUUGAUUACGAAUUUGUGGGUGUCGAUUUGAAGACCGCGCAAACCAAUUAUUAUUUCCAGGGAAUCACAAAUUGUAAGUCAAUUAUUUGUAUUCACCUGAUAUGUUGCUAAUUAAGUUUCAGACGGAAAUUCGGCAAACAUUACUCUUUCUGAUACCUUCAACAAUGCGCACACUUAUGAAAUUGAUUGGACUCCAGACAAGAUUACUUGGUUGGUCGAUGGUCAAGUUGGACGUGUUUUGGAAAAGAGCAAAACUUGGAACGCCACCAGCAACCAAUACAUGUACCCUCAAACACCAGCUCGUGUUCAACUCUCCCUCUGGCCUGGAGGACUUGCAUCUAACGCCAAAGGAACAGUGGAUUGGGCCGGUGGUCAAAUUGACUGGAAUGGAGGCGACAUUAAGAACAAUGGCUACUAUUACGCAUCCUUCAGUUCCGUCCAAGUAAAAUGUUUCGAUGCAAAAUCCGCCCCAGGAACCAACCGUGCAACAUCAUACACCUACAACGAUAAAGCUGGAACAAACAACACCGUAGUCGACGGUGACAAGCCCACCAUCCUCAAAUCCCUCCUCGGCACAGGAGAGAACAUGGAUGCUGGUGCACCUUCUUCAUCCCCCGGAGCACCUAGCGCUACAGCAAGCGCGCCCGCCACCGUUCCUGGUCUCACAGGAGCAGGAACUGGAGGUGACAAUCAUGCUGGUGACAUUGGAUCUUCCGGAGGCGAUGCUCCCGCAGCUUCCAUUUCUGGAUCUGGGGCCUCCCCCACUGGUUCUUCUGAGAGUGGGUCGAAUUCUGGUAGUGGCGGUGGCUUCAACCAGGGAGGACAAAGCACUGCUACAAAGAGUGGCGCGGAGAAGAUUGGUAGCCAGGAUAAGGUUCUCAAGGGUAGCUUCUUUGCGGGAAUUGUGGUUUUGAUUGCUUUGAUGGCUCUGUAGAGUUUUCAUCUCUUGUGAUCUUUUUCCAAAAAUUUCUUUUCUCUUUUGGUAAACAAAUAUCUUGACGGAGGGAUACUUUUGAACGUGCAUUUUGUUGAUUAGUUGGUUUUUGAGAUUUGAUGCAUGUUAGUUUUGGGGGUGGGUUUAAUGAGAGAAAGGUGUCUUUCUUUACAAGGACGUUCAAUAUUUUUUUGCGGGUUUGGUUUUUGUUGUUGUUGUUGUUUUAUAAGCGAGAGCAGAAUGAAUUGAAUUUCGGGGUG